AUGGACCAGCAGCGAUUCUUGCAGCAACUGCAAAUUGUCCUCGAUCCACAGGAUGUCUCUGACUUGCGUCGUUUUUAUCGGUAUUUGACAGCCUCAAAGGGCAACGUCAAGGAAGCUACAGGCACGCUUACGAAGGAAUUCUAUACCCACCCAGAAUCCCUCCUUUUCCUCAUUCAGGUCGCCACCUCCCAUGAUGACCAGAACCUGAGACAACUUGCUGCUGUUGAAUCUCGAACCCUCGUCUACAAGCAUUGGCUCAAGAUCCCUGUGAAACAAAAACCUCAGGUUAGGGAACAGUUACUCCGUGCUGCCUUAGGGGAAGGCACCUCCUUGGUUCGCCAUUCCUGUGCACGUAUAAUUUCUGCUAUUGCGAAGAUUGAUAUCGAAGACGGGCAAUGGGCAGAUCUCCCGGGGUUUCUGCUUCAAGCUGCCGUAAGUCCCAAUGCUGACGAGCGGGCUACUUGUAUUUACAUCCUCUUUACCAUCCUCGAAACUCUAGGUGAGGGUUUCCAGGAAAAGUUCAACGACCUCUUCGCUCUGUUUGAGCAGACUAUCCGUGAUCCUGAGAGUGCUGAGGUCCGCAUCAACACCCUCCUGGCAUUGAGCAAACUGGCGAUCCAUCUCGACUCCGAAGAGGAUGAGGCACCGGUCAAGGCUUUCCAGAAUAUUUUCCCUGCCAUGGUCGCUGUGUUGAAAGAUUCGAUUGACAAAAACGACGAGGAUCGGAUUCUGCAGGCUUUUGAGGUCUUCCAAACCCUCCUUGCGUGCGACCCGCAGUUGAUGAACCCUCAUCUUAAGGACCUCGCGUUGUUCAUGAACCAACUUGCUGCCAACACCGAGUUGGAUGAUGACACCAGAACUCAGGCCAUUAGUUUCCUCAUGCAAUGCCUCCGGUAUAGAAAACUCAGAAUCCAAGGCAUGCAAAUUGGCAGCCAGAUUACCCUUACUUGUCUUCAGAUCGCUACUGAGCUUGGCGACACUGCCGUCGACGACGAUGACAUUACUCCAGCAAGAUCGGCGCUUGGUCUCCUGGAUAUGCUUGCACAAAGCCUUCCACCCAGCCAGGUUGUCGUCCCUCUCCUCAACGCCCUGGGUCAAUACUUUGGCAAUAAGGAUCCCGAAUAUCGGCGCGCCGGCAUCAUGGCUCUUGGCAUGUGCGUCGAGGGAGCUCCUGACUUCAUAAGCACUCAGAUGAAGGAGAUUUUCCCUGUCGUGUUCCAAUUACUUAAUGACCCUGAACCUAAGGUUCGCCAGGCAACAUUACAUGGUGUUGCGCGAAUUGCCGAAUCUCUCGGUGAGGAUAUCAGCAAACAGCAUCAACAAGUUAUGCCUCUCCUCUUGACAAACCUGCAGAGCACAAUGCAGGAGUGGAAAGGCGAGGAAAGCGGCCCUGUCAUCGACAUCAUGAAAGCCGCCAUCAGCGCAUUGGAUGCGGUGGUUGAUGCUCUGGGCGAGGGUGACGUUGUCCAAUAUCAAAACGAUGUAGUGCCAAAUUUGCACAAGCUUAUCAAACAUCCCGACUUCAAGGUGAAAGCGCUUACAGCUAGCGCUCUUGGAUCCAUUGCUUCGUCUGCUGGUGAAGCUUUCUUGCCCUUCUUCGAUGAGUCAAUGCAUCUCAUGCAGGAUUACGUUACCAUGAAAGACAGUGAAGAUGAGCUUGAACUUCGCGCGUGUGUCACUGACGCUAUGGGAGAAAUGUCUACUUCAGCUGGACCAGAACACUUCAAGAACUACGUCGAACCCUUGAUGCGUGCUAGUGAGGAGGCUCUGCAGCUUGGUCAUUCCAGACUAAAGGAAAGCACCUACCUUUUCUGGGGCUCUAUGUCCAAAGUAUACGGUGAAGACUUCACUCCAUUCUUGGAUGGAAUCGUCAAGGGACUCUUCGCAUGUCUUGACCAGGAGGAGACUGAUCUUGAGGUUGAUCUGGGCGAGGCUGCCAAAGACCUCAUUGGGCAGGAAGUUACCAUUGCAGGCCGCAAGGUUCGCGUCGCUGGUGAUGAAGACGACGACCAUGACACUUCUGUGUUGGAUGAGUCUAACAUUGAGGAUGUCGAUAUUGAUGGUGAGGAUGACUGGGAGGACCUAACCGCUGUCGGUCCUCUUGCCCUUGAGAAGGAGGUUGCCGUCGAGGUCAUUGGUGAUAUCAUCACGCAUGCCAAAAAAGCUUAUCUUCCAUAUUUUGAGAAGACUAUCGAACAGAUCUUGCCUCUUUGCGAACAUCCAUAUGAGGGUAUCCGAAGGAGUACUAUCAGCACCCUUCACCGCGCGUACGCUGCCCUCUGGCAGGUUUGUGAAGAGUCUGGUCGGAUGCAGAAAUGGGUUCCGGGCAAGGCGAUGGGUAUGAUCGAACCACCCGAUGAGCUCAAGAAACUUACAGAAAUUUUGGUCACUGCCACAAUCAAGAUGUGGGAAGAUGAAGAAGACAGGGAGACCGUUGCUGACAUUAACCGCAAUGUCGCUGACAACCUCAAAUAUUGCGGGCCAUACCUUGUCUCUGGUUCAUCCGUUCUGAACAAAGUCGUUACUAUGAUCACUACUAUCAUCUCUAAGCAACACCCCGCUCAACAGGAUUUCGGUGCUAAUGACGAAGACCGAGCUGCCCUCGACGAACUCUCUGAUAUGUUGGCAGCAGCGAACCUCUCGAACGAUCCACCGCCACAGGGGUCUUUGGCCGAAAUUAUUUUCGGGUUAGCCGACGCCAUUACGCCGUAUACUACCAAAUUCCUUGAGUUGCUACUGCGCCGUUUAAGUGACGAGGAUUCCCAAACAAAAAGCAAUGCUGCCUACGCGAUCGGACGACUUGUCGAACGAUCUAAUGCGGAUCAAGAACUAAUUCAGGCUUAUCCCGCCAUCCUAGAGAAGUUGGAGCCAUGCUUGCAUAUCCCGGAGGCGAGACUUCCAGAUAACGCCUCUGGUUGCCUCAGCCGCAUGAUCUUGAAGCACCGUGACAACGUCCCUGUGGCAGAUAUGCUUUCUGCCCUAGUUGAUCUCCUUCCCCUGAAGAACGAUUUUGAGGAGAACGACCCCGUCUAUCGCAUGAUUUGCCAGCUGUACAAAUGUGAAGACCCAACAGUCCGCAACCUGACACCUCGUCUAAUUCCCAUUUUCCAAGCCGUUCUUACCGGUGACUCAGGCCAGCUCGAUGAUGAACGGCGUGCCGAGCUCAUCGAGCUUGUCUCCUGGUUGAAUAAAAUGCAACCCGGAGUGGCUAGCUGGAUCGAACAACUGGGUCAAUGA